AUGAGCAACGAUCGAAGUCAGUUUUGUUCCGCAAAGCUAGCUUUUUUACCGAGUCGUCGAGCCACGGAGUCACCGAACAGCCUCUUUGCUCAGACCUCACCUCAAUCUCGAACCGCCUCGCCUCGAUCCACCUCACAUGUCAAAAGGUCGAUCUCACCAAAACUCGAUCUCAUCAAAAACUCGAUCUCGCCAAAGCUCACCUCGUCGCCGGCGACGAAAUUGGGCCUCAAAUCGCCUUGCGAUGAAGACCUCGAACCACUACCUCAUCACGAACUCACCGUCGCAGAACCUCGCCGGAAUCUCUCUUACUUCACUUCGUCGGAGCUUCGGGAACGCGACGAUCUCUUCACCACGAUCGUCGGAGUUAAUCUCUUCACCACGAUCGUCGGAGUUGAUCUUGUCACCAUGAUCUCGUCUCCUCGUCAUGAUCUUGUCGCCACGAUCUCAUCUCAUCCAACACGAACACGAGCGGUUUCACUCCGAUACGAGCACGAACACGAACAGUUUCACUCCGACACGAAUGACACGAUGGUGGAAGCUCUCGCCAGAGGUCAAACAGAAGUCAAAGAAGGAUGA